ACUCUUUGAGAUCGAUGUCUGAAGUCUGAUUAACGAAAUCUGAGGGAAGCCUUACUUUCACGAAGUCUGACAGGCCUCGUCAGAGAGUAUAUAGGGCCUCAUGAUCAUGUCUCAUCGCUCGAUUUCAGUCAUUUGUUCACAGAAUGUUAACGUUUAUUCUUUGAGUAAAUUUUCCUGAUGCGCUAAUUCACUACUCUCAUAUGGAAUAUGUUUCCUCGGCGCGAAGAGAACUUGAAUGGGCGGGAAUUGUUACUGUAUGGUGCGAUGCGAGGCCGAAGGGGGCAGGCAUACAGUAUAUUAGCUUGUACGCCCUGAGGGAAUAUUUGUAACAUCUUCCUUGUGCGUGAAUGGACCCGAACUUAUUUAUAUAUUAAAGGUGACUAGUAUAUUCUGUGAUUAGAUUAUGGAGUAAACGAAAAAUUUCAAAAUCAAAAAUUUGUUUCGAUCGUAUUCCUUGUUGGGAUUUUCUUUUAACGAACGACGAUUUAGACUACUCUUAGGAGGCGCCUGCAAGAAUAAGUGACGGAUUUGAUUUUGUUAUAGUUUUUAUUAAAUGUUGAAUUCGUCAGUCAUGAACUGUGUUGCCAGGAAUAUUUUUCUUGUGAUAACCUCUAUAUGCAAGUAGCAAAUUACUGCAUUGAUUUUGUUGAUUUGUGGACUUUGAAGAAUAAUAGUUGUUCAUCUGAUUUGCUGGCCAUUUCCUGAGUGAAUCAUGGCUAAAGUCCAAGUGGUUAAUGUGGUGGUAUUAGAUAAUCCAUCUGCGUUUUUGAAUCCAUUUCAAUUUGAAAUCACAUUUGAAUGUGUGGAAGACUUGCAAGAAGAUUUGGAAUGGAAAAUUAUUUAUGUUGGUUCUGCAGAAAGUGAGGAAUAUGAUCAAGUUUUGGAUACAGUGUAUGUUGGACCUGUGCCAGAAGGAAGACACAUGUUUGUCUUUCAAGCAGAUCCUCCAGAUCCUGCAAAGAUUCCUGUUGCUGAUGUAAUAGGUGUUACUGUUGUUUUAUUGACUUGCUCAUAUAGAGGACAAGAGUUCAUUCGUGUAGGUUAUUACGUGAACAACGAUUAUGUUGAUCCAGAGUUGAGAGAAAACCAGCCACCUUCAGCACCACCUCAGUUCGACAAACUUCAACGUAAUAUUCUUGCUACUAAUCCUCGUGUUACCCGCUUCAAAGUGGACUGGGACAACCACUCCAAACAAGAAGAGAAGAUGGAAAGUACCACUGAUCCUGUUGAUAAUAGUAUGGAUGGAACUUUCAAAAAUGGUCUUUUGAAUGCUGUCCAUGAAAACAGCAUGAAUAUGGAGCCAUAAACAUUUGUGCAGCUGUGAUUCAAUUAAUUUUGAAUGAAUUUCUGGGGACACUUGAUAAGAACAAGUGAUUUUUCUGGCUUGGUGUUGCCUCCCUGUCCAGAAAGACCUGAUGACAGUGACUGCUGCAAAAGCGACUGUGAAAUGCGUUUUCUGUGUGUAUGAUACAAAAUUAGCAGAAUACGAUAAACUAUGUUGUUAUGUUAAAAAGGAAGAAUGCAGAAAGGUUUUAAAUUUACCAUCUGUUCAGUUCAGUUCUAACAUUGAUACUAAAAUACACAGGUUUCAAAUUUCUGAAAAAGACUGAACUGACUUGAAAAAUAAACAUUUUGUUAGUCUGAACAUUGAAAUUGGUCAACACUUGAUGGGGAAGAAUAAACUUGGCUGUAGUCUGUUUUGUUACAAGUGUUAAUUAAAGGUAUAAGUGGGGAAAUGUUCAAUUUCAUGAAAUCUUGGACUAUUAGUGAAAUUGUUCAUUUGUGAAAUCCACUUGAUUUGAAAUAUUCUGUGAAUGAAUAAUGAGCAAGUAAUUACGAACUUUGCUGGAACUCUUAAUACCUUAAAUGUUGCAAUUGAUUAAAUCAAUUGUGGAAAUUAACUCUGAGAAAACUUUUGUACAUUUAUUGUACUCCUGCAAGAAGUAUGAAGAAACACUUUUGUGUGAUGAAAUUUCUUAUAGCAGAAUCUUUUGGUAGUUUUUGUUUUGUAUUUUGGAUUUUCACAAGAAAAUCCACACAAUGUCUACUAUGGUGAGUGUGAUGAAAGGGAGAAUUACAUAAAAUAUUCCUAAGAAAAAAGUGUCUGAAAGGUCUUUGAAUAAAACUCUUCUAUUUAUACGUGGAACUGAAUCAUUCAAUGAGGAUAUGAAGAAUUUUAUGCAAAUUGAAGAGUUCUGGAAAAUAAUAUUUGUUUUUGACUUUUUACAGUUGCAGUAAUUAGUAGCAGCAAUUGAAAAUAGUGUCAUGAUAAUGAAUUGUUGGUGAUAAACUUCAUUAGAAUCGUUGUUGGUGAUUGUUUUAAUUGUUUUGUUACACAUUGUCUUGAAAUGGAAAUGUUAUUUGCAUAUCUAGCUAGAGGUUGUGAUAGGAAUGUACAUAUUAAAAAUUCAGUUCAUUUGUGUAUUUCUUCCAAAGUUAUUUCAGAAUGAAAAGAAGUACUCAAAAUUCUUUUCUCUAUGAAUACUCUCAAAUGGUUGCAUUUCUUCACAUUAGUGGAUACAAUACUGAAGAUUUCACAAGCCGUCCGAAAUUAUUAUUAUGUUAUAAUAGCAGUUGGCCAAUCACAUUCGUCUUAGUUCAUUAUACAGGAAGGAGGGUUUUCGCAGCCGUCUACAGUUCUGCAUGCUGUGAAGGUCGCAACUGUUGCGAGACAGGUGAACCAUGAAACAGUAUGCUAGUUGGUGAUUGUUAGGAAUGUUAUAUGGUAGCGAAAGGUUAUGUGUAUGUUUCUAUUCCAAACAAAUUAUUAUACCACAAAUACUCUACUGCAAUCAGUGGAUCAUAAUACAGCUAUCAUU